AUGCGACCAAAUUCUGCGCGGACCAACCCCUGCCCAAUCCCAGCCCCGUCAUUUUGCCUCUCCAUUGGCACGGCAUCCAGAAAGAGAAGACCACUACACCUUGACUCCCCCCUCCUACUCACCUCCUCCAUCACCCUCAUCGCUGCCCAUCGCGCUUUUGCUGCUAUCGCUACCGGUGCAAGUCACUCUUCAGCCUUUCGCGAUCGAGACCAUUUGCUUUCAUGUCGCCGCGCCUCGAAGUUUGCGCGUGUUAGACCUCGACCUGAUCGCUACAUCCCCAACGCGACCCGAUUCCCCACAACAACGCGUUCUCGUGUUUACCAGAGCUUCCGUAAACCGCCCCUCCAACCCCGGCGCGCGUCGCUGCCUAUAUACCUUGCGAGCAGUAGCUCUUACUUCUUGCUCCUCUUUAGCUAUACCUUCAUACUACUUUGCUCCGUCGCCGCCAUGUUCUAUUCGGAGACGCUCCUCCAAAAGAGCGGGCCGCUGGCCCGCGUUUGGCUGUCGGCCAACAUCGAGCGCAAGCUUUCCAAGACGCACAUUUUGCAGUCAAACCUGCCGGACAGUGUAGAGGCCAUCAUCACACCCGGCCAGGCCCCGAUGGCCCUUCGUCUGAGCGGUCAGCUGCUUCUCGGUGUCGUCAGGAUUUACAACCGCAAAGCCCGAUACUUGCUGGAAGACUGCAACGAGGCUUCAAUGAAGAUUAAAAUGGCGUUUCGCUCAAGCGAUAACCACGAUAUGGCUGUUGCCAACCUGUACGCCAACAACCGCGAAGCGCUGCUGCUGCCUGACAAGAUCACCCCACUCGACAACCUGGAUCUUCCCCCGCCUCCCGACGCCGCUUGGCUCUUGUCGCAAAUGGACGAUGUUGCAGCUACGCCGGUGGGUCGUAAGGGUCGCGUCAGCCAUCGCGAUAUCAACUUGCAAGAAGACUUCAACAACAGUCAGUUCCUGACCCAAGGAGACACUCUCGACGACGAGCUGGAAUUGGCACCUAUGGAGGAUCUCGACCUUGAACUUGACUUUGGCAUGGACAUCGAUGAUCGCCCCACCCGCAUGGAUACGACUAUCGAGAUGGGAAGAGACGCGCCCCUGGCACGUUCUGUGGAGGACGACAUUUUCAGUGAACUCGACAUUAUGCCGCGCGGCAAGGACCAACCCGAACGCGAACCUUCGUUGGGUCUGGCUCUCGAUUUUGGCGACGACAACGUUCGUAUCGCGGACGAGGAGGGUGAUAUCCAGAUGGGCGAUGACAACGAAUUCCAGUUCCCCACUGGCGACCAAUCUCUCGCCCCAGGAUUUCCUGGUGCUCUGGACAUGCCACGCGCCCGUAUCUCUGAGUCGCCGCUCUCCGAAAUCGAUCCAGAGUUCGCACGGGAAGUCGAGGAGGAAUACUCCCGCAUUCAGCACACGGAUCUCUACGAACCGGAUGAAGACCAGGAGCGCACCGUCGUUCGCCAUCCUCAGCGUUCGAAAAAGAGAAAGAUUCUUUUGCCGGAUGAGCAGACGAUGCUUUCCAGCAACCACAUCAAGGAUCAGCAGGCCAACCAUGGCAACAUCCUCAGAGCUCAGUCAUUCCUGCCUAGAGAUCCGUUUGUGCUCGCUCUGAUGGAGAUGCAAAAGAGCGGUGGUUUCGUCUCCAACAUCAUGCUCGAGGGUCGCAGUGCCGGAUGGGCGCCUGAACUAAGGGGCAUGCUCUCGCUUGAGGCCGUCAGCCGAUCCAGCGAGUUAAAGAGGAAGCGUGACAGCGGCGUUGCUGAUGUGGAGAGUGAUCACGGUGCCACCUCCAAGUCACCCCGCCUCAUCACGGAAGAGGAGGAUGUCUUUGCAAUUGAGGGUGUCGGGUUUGGCAACCAGAGCGUUGCGGGCGACGGCACUGUUCUCGAAAUUCCGGCUGACGAGGAAGGUAUCGCUUUCGGAGGAGACGAUGACGACACUGCUCGACCUAUUUCGGGCCAGGGAAGCCCUAUGCCCGAUUUCGACGAGACGACAGCUCCCGCUGUGCACCCUCAAGACAGCGGCCCUGUCUCGAUCGGUACCAAGCAUGCUGUGCACAUCCUGAGGGAUAUUUUCGGUCCCGAGGCCGAGCAUGACGCUGCGAAGCGCAAAAACACCGCCGUCGUCUUCCAAGACCUGUUGCCGGAGCAGAGGACGACAAAGGCCGAUGCCACCAAGAUGUUUUUCGAAUGUCUCGUCUUGGCUACCAAGGACGCAAUCAAGGUUGAGCAAGGCGAGGCCCUCGGCGCACCCAUCAGAGUACGUGCAAAGCGUGGCCUCUGGGGUGCUUGGGCCGAGCGCGAGGCAGGCGGCGAGAUCGCAGAGGAGGAAGAAGCCAACCAGCCUGAGCCGGCAGCCGUCAGCGCCCCGGCAGUUGCCGUCGAGGCAUAG